AUGUCGAGCUCCCUGGGCGCUAAUGGUACGCUCGCAGCGAAUAUCGCCAACUCCUCGAACGAAGACCUGAAGGCGAUGGUGCGAGGACUCGAGCACGAGCAGGCUGCGAUCGACUUGGAGUGUACGAAGCCCCGCAGCACAGAGCCUGCGGCCGGCCGGCAGAAAGCCAUUGAGAGGCGCAGGAAGGAGCUCCAGGCGAAGGCUGAAGCACGGAGUCGGUCGGAGGAGGUGGCGUCGGCCGAGACGCCGGCGUCGGCCCCGCGCACGCGAGAGAGAGACUUCGAGGCGACGGUGUUGGGGCGGCGGGUGGUGGCUCUGUCUGCGGAGUGCGACGCGGCGUUGCGCGAGGUGGACGAGCUACAAGAGUGGGUGGUACUGCAGCCGAACUUCGAGGCGCUGCAGCUGGAGCUGCUGGACGCGUGCUCGCGGGUGACGGGCGCGCGGCAGGCGCUCACGCAAGCGGCCGCGGCGCCCGGGGCCCGGAGCACGCGCGCGUCGGAGGCGGGCGGGGCCGGCGGGGCGAUGCGCAGCAACACGCUGGGGUACGCCACGCAGAUGCUCCGCGAGGCGCACAAGACGCUGCAGAAGCUGCGCGUGCUGACCGACCACGGGCGGGACGCCUACCUGUCGAGCCCCGCGGGGCCCAUCGAGCACCAGCCGAGCCAGGGGCAGCAGGGGUUCCGGUUCCUGAAGCGCGGCGGAGGCACGAUGGCAGCCCGCCCCGGCGAGCGCGACGGCGCGCGCCCCAUGCGCAACGGCGCUCCCAGCGGUGUGGUGCCGCGCAUCCCGCUGGGGUCGGGGCCGCGGCUGCCGGGGCGGCGCAAGAGCAGAGGAGGCAGUCGGAAGAUCCUGCUGGACCCGAAGGAGGUGCUGGAUGACGACGGGGAGGGUCCUGCGCCGUCGUUGAUGGCGUCGCACGUGCUGGAGACGAAACCGGUGCUGGAGAGCCCGCCGUCGGAGGCCGCGGGGAGCGACAGCGGGACGGACACGUUCGGGGUGCGACGCGAGCGCGGGAGCGACGCCGGGUCGAUGGCGGGGUGGGGAGAGGAGUCUGGUGGGGCGGCUGCGUUGUUCUCACCGGAGCUGGUGGCGGAGCGGCUGGAGGUGCUGCGCGCGCGCAUCGAUAUGCUCAAGGAGGGCCGCGUGCCAGACAGCUCGCAGCCCGAGCAGCGGUCCGAGGAGGGGCACGGGCCGAAGCGGCGGUUCUCGCUGCGCACCGUGGGCGCCAUCGUCGGGUUCGUGGCGAACGGGGCGGGGAAGGUCGUGGGCGGGGCGGGCGCCGUGGUGGGUGCGGUGGGCGGGGCGGUGGGCGGGGCGGUGAACGGGGCGGUGGGCGGGAUGCUGCGGCGGGAGUCGCGGGACACGGCGGAACUAGAGCCCGAGAGCGCCCAACAUUAG